AUGUAUAACAUCAUUCUAUUCUUGAUACUGAAUUGGAUAGUUAACGUUUCGACUCAACUAAAAUCUCCUAAUAUAGUUCUUAUCGUUGCCGAUGAUUUGGGAUGGGACGACGUAAGUUUUCAUGGAUCAGACCAAAUAUUGACUCCGAACAUCGAUCUUUUGGCAUACUCUGGAAAGGCCUUGGGACGCUACUAUACUCACUGUAUUUGUACACCAUCGAGGGCAGCUCUCUUGACCGGAAAAUAUGCACAUCGAAUCGGAAUGCAGGGAUAUCCCUUAACGAAUAGUGAAGACAGAGGUUUGCCGACGACGGAAAAAAUAUUGCCACAAUAUUUGAAAGAGUUGGGGUACUCGACUCAUUUGGUUGGAAAGUGGCAUGUUGGACAGUCACGAACUGAAUAUUUACCAAUGCAGAGAGGUUUCGACAGUCACUUCGGACACAGAGGUGGAUAUGUAGACUACUAUGAGUACACAUUAGACGAAACGUGGAGCACGGGAGAGGUUACAGGAUUUGGAUUAUUUCGAAAUGAAACACCUGCUUGGGACGUUGAAGGUUACCUUACAGAUGUUUAUACUGAAGAAGCCAAAUCUGUUAUCAAACUUCAUGAUGUAAAUAAGCCGCUAUUUUUGAUGUUAGCCCAUAACGCGCCUCACGCUGCAAAUUAUCCUUCCAUUGUACAAGCGCCACCCGAAGACGUUCGAAGUAUGAAACACGUGGAAUUAACGGGGCGACGAACUUAUGCAGCCAUGGUAAAAAAGCUCGAUGAAAGUGUAGGGGAAAUAGUAGAGGCUUUGUAUAAGAAACAGAUGCUUGAAAAUACAGUUAUCGUGUUCAUUGCUGACAAUGGCGGUAUGACCUCUGGGGUUGCUAUGAACUUUGCAUCUAAUUGGCCUCUGAGAGGACUGAAAAUGUCGCCAUUCGAGGGAGGCGUACGUGCCACAGGACUUGUAUGGAGUUCGAGUUUUAAUAAUUCAAACCACUUGUGGAAUGGUUUUAUCCACGUGACAGAUUGGCUACCCAUUUUUUUGAGAAUAGCAGGCUCAGAAGUACCUCUUGAUAUUAAUGGCGUAGAUCUUUGGGAUGACAUAAACACAAAGGAUAAUUCCAGGCGUGAUGAAAUUUAUGAAAUUGACGACUACACCGGUUUUGCUGCUAUUAUAUCUCAAGAUUUCAAAUUAGUUUCUGGACAAGUGACAUUAGAAUACAGCAAUUAUCAGGGAGAAAACCUCAGAGGGAUGAUAGGGGACCCACCAUCUUAUGCUGAUUCUGUCCAGAAGAGCAAAACGUAUCGUAUUCUUAAAAAUAUUGGGAAACCUUUUAAAAAAGAGGAUGUAAACCUACGUAGAAACAUUAGAGUGAAAUGUAAUCAAGAAAUAGAUAAAAUAUGCUAUCCCGAUAAAAGUAAGUUUUGUUUGUAUAAUAUUAAAGAAGAUCCUUGCGAAACAAACGAUCUGUCCGCGGCAUAUCCAGAUAUAGCGGAAAAUAUGUUGAGACGUUUACAUAUUGAAAUAUCUAAAACAAUACCUAGAACAGUGCCCUUGUACAGAAAUCCGGAAUCUUUACCUCGUCUACACAACUUCACUUGGACUACAUUUGCAGACAAUUUCAAAUAG